AUGCAGCAAUCUGGCAAGGAAACACAAGAAGCUGAGGGACUCAAGAGACCCCGAAGCGAUAUAGUUGAGACAGAUCCGAUGCAGCAAUCUGGCAAGGAAACACAAGAAGCUGAGGGACUCAAGAGACCCCGAAGCGAUAUAGUUGAGACAGAUCCGAUGCAGCAAUCUGGAAAGGAAACACAAGAAGCUGAGGGACUCGAGAGACCCCGAAGCGAUAUAGUUGAGACAGAUCCGAUGCAGCAAUCUGGCAAGGAAACACAAGAAGCUGAGGGACCGAUGCAGCAAUCUGGCAAGGAAACACAAGAAGCUGAGGGACUCAAGAGACCCCGAAGCGAUAUAGUUGAGACAGAUCCGAUGCAGCAAUCUGGCAAGGAAACACAAGAAGCUGAGGGACUCAAGAGACCCCGAAGCGAUAUAGUUGAGACAGAUCCGAUGCAGCAAUCUGGAAAGGAAACACAAGAAGCUGAGGGACUCAAGAGACCCCGAAGCGAUAUAGUUGAGACAGAUCCGAUGCAGCAAUCUGGCAAGGAAACACAAGAAGCUGAGGGACUCAAGAGACCCCGAAGCGAUAUAGUUAAGACAGAUCCGAUGCAGCAAUCUGGCAAGGAAACACGAGAAGCUGAGGGACUCAAGAGACCCCGAAGCGAUAUAGUUGAGACAGAUCCGAUGCAGCAAUCUGGCAAGGAAACACAAGAAGCUGAGGGACUCAAGAGACCCCGAUGCGAUAUAGUUGAGACAGAUCCGAUGCAGCAAUCUGGCAAGGAAACACAAGAAGCUGAGGGACUCAAGAGACCCCGAAGCGAUAUAGUUAAGACAGAUCCGAUGCAGCAAUCUGGCAAGGAAACACAAGAAGCUGAGGGACUCAAGAGACCCCGAAGCGAUAUAGUUGAGACAGAUCCGAUGCAGCAAUCUGGCAAGGAAACACAAGAAGCUGAGGGACUCAAGAGACCCCGAAGCGAUAUAGUUGAGACAGAUCCGAUGCAGCAAUCUGGCAAGGAAACACAAGAAGCUGAGAGACUCCUGAAGAGACCCCGAAGCGAUAUAGUUGAGACAGAUCCGAUGCAGCAAUCUGGCAAGGAAACACAAGAAGCUGAGGGACUCAAGAGACCCCGAAGCGAUAUAGUUGAGACAGAUCCGAUGCAGCAAUCUGGCAAUUAA